GCCACUUCUAGUCUCCAUUGAAACUUUCACGAAAAAUAAGCUCACCUUCCAAUUACAUGAGUAAAUUCUACGUAGUAAUAAUUCCAUAAUCACUAUCAAUUGUGUGUGAAUUGGGAAAAUGCAAUCACCAUAUCUCACAAGGUUCAAGCCCUGUUCAUCACUGCAACUCUGCCUCUUUCAUGUGAUCCUUUUUUUGUGUUAUCUCUUCAUACUCUUGCCUGUGACUUGCUUCAAUUCUACCUCCUUUUAAAUAUCCAUGCAUUUUUCAACAUAACCAAACUUGUUUUCUACCAUCAACUAGCUAAGAAUUUGAUCACAAAGCUAAGAGGAAAAAGAAGGACGUUUAGAGCCAAUGAAGGGCUGCGUGUGCACCUCAACUGUUCUCAUUCUUCUAAUUGUGUUCCUCCCAGUUGUCAUCAAUGCCAGACAUAUUCGCAAGCUAAAUUCACCAGAAGAGAUGAAUCAACCAGUGAGUCAAGUUAGCAGAAAAAAGGCGACGGCGAGUACAGAAAUGAUGUGGGAAUUAAGAAGGGGAUCAAUGAUGCACAAAAGAGCAGCAGAUACAUUGCAAAUAGCAGGGUCAAGGUUGCCAGAUUGUUCACAUGCAUGUGGAUCUUGUAGACCUUGUAGAUUAGUCAUGGUUAGCUUUGUUUGUUCAUCUCUUGAAGAAGCUGAGACUUGUCCUAUGGCUUACAAAUGUAUGUGUCAUAACAAGUCAUACCCUGUUCCUUAAAUGAGAUUCAGAAAAUUAUUCACACAAAUGUCAUCAUAUAGAGUUUUUGUUUCUUAGAGCUUUUAUUUGUACUUCCUUUUCCCAUAUGUAGGCAACAUUCCUAUGUGUAAACAAAGAGAAUUACUACUAAUUUCUGCACUCAUUGAUUU